UCGCCGCUUCCUGGGGCCGAGCCCGGCCACUGGAUCCGCCCGCCGGCUCUGGAGCGGCGCAGCCGGCCGGAGCGCGGGACGCGACGCCCUGGGAGAGGAGGACGAAACGACGCGGCGAUGGCUCAGCGGGCACUCCCGGGGUCCGCCGCCCUCGCCGCUGCUGUCUUCGUGGGAGGCGCCGUGAGUUCGCCGCUGGUGGCUCCGGACAAUGGGGGCAGCCGCACACUGCACUCCAGAACAGAGACGACCCCGUCACCCAGCAACAAUACCGGGAAUGGACACCCAGAAUAUAUCGCGUACGCGCUUGUCCCCGUGUUCUUUAUCAUGGGUCUUGUCGGCGUCCUCAUUUGCCACCUGCUUAAGAAGAAAGGUUAUCGUUGUACAACAGAAGCAGAGCAAGAUAUCGAAGAGGAAAAGGUUGAAAAGAUAGAGUUGAACGAUAGUAUGAAUGAAAACAGUGACACUGUUGGGCAAAUCGUCCACUACAUCAUGAAAAAUGAAGCGAACGCUGAUGUCUUAAAGGCCAUGGUAGCAGAUAACAGCCUGUAUGAUCCUGAAAGCCCUGUGACUCCCAGCACACCAGGGAGCCCUCCCGUGAGUCCUGGGCCUUUGUCUCCAGGGGGCACCCCAGGGAAACACGUCUGUGGCCAUCAUCUGCACACGGUGGGUGGUGUUGUCGAGAGGGACGUGUGUCAUCGGUGUAGGCACAAGCGGUGGCACUUCAUAAAGCCCAGCAACAAGUCCAGAGAGAGCCGACCGAGGCGCCAAGGCGAGGUCACGGUCCUUUCUGUUGGCAGGUUUAGAGUUACAAAAGUGGAACACAAGUCAAACCAGAAGGAACGGAGGAGCCUGAUGUCUGUUAGCGGGGCUGAAGGCGUCAAUGGGGAGGUGCCAGCGACACCCGUGAAGAGAGAACGCAGUGGCACCGAGUAGCAGCAAUGACUUGACUUGGAGAGCUCUAAGAGACUGAAAACUUUCAAGAUCUGAAGUUGCCUAGGGAAUAUUUUUACAUAUUUUAUACAAUUUCUAUCAUGGAGUCAGCAGGCAUGUGGAUCAAACCUAAAAGAGAAAAUUACUGCUGUGCUGUAUACAGAAUUUAGUUUGCUUUGAAACAAGUUUUGGUUUAAAGAGUCUGUUGAAAAAUGUAUUAUACUUCUGGGGAAGGAAAGAGCUGUUUGUAUCUUCUCAACCACUCCCAGCCUCUACCCUUCCCAGCCCCAAUCCCAGGCCUUGGUGAACACACUGUAGUUUUUCCAUUAUGAUCAGUAUGUAAAGUGAUACUAUCCAUGUACAGUCUGAGCUUAUGAUCGGUGUGUGUGUGUGUGUGUGUGUGUGCGCGCGCGCGUGUGUAUACAUGUGUGCAUGUGAGUGUGUGUUUCUCUUUUUCCAGUUCCUACAUCCUAUUUUGACACUGGUUGUAAGAAGAUCUCCAUACAUACAGGUUAGCUGUUACAAAAGAUAAAAGAUGAAUCUUCAGUGGAAAUCAUCUAGUCUACCCCUGAGGAGUUGAUUCCCCAAGGCACCAUGGAGUCAGAUGGGACCAGAUGCUAGACUUGGGACUCCUUGACCACGAAUUCAGCAUUCCCUCCUGCCACCACCAUGCCACUCCUACAUCACUUAUAAAUUUUGAGGUUUUCAUGUCUUUUUUGCUUUUUUUUUUUUAAACUUCCCUGAGUGAUUCUUGGUUAAUCCAUUGAAUAAAGGAGAAAAUGGUUUUGGACACAAAUUUGUUUGGACAACCGAAGACAAAAACAAAAGAAUCCUCUUUCUCAUGCAAGAUGGGCCUGCACCUACCUCUGCCAUGUUCUUCGUGUAUUUCCUGUUUUCCAUCUUGUAACUAAGGCUCAUUAUUUAAAACUCUCUUAGUAGUUACUUUCCCUUUAGGCCUGGCCAACUUUUCUUCUUUCUUUUAACUGUACAUUUUACACAACACCUGAAAGGACCCAGAGACAUAAAUAGUACACGAUUUUAUGGUAGGACUGGGUGAGUGGUGGGGAGGUUGGUUACGAGGUCUCCAAGACCUGCCUCCAUGUCCGUGUUGAGGGUGCCUUGAGCACUUCUUUUAUUUCACACAGAAAAAGCACAUCUUUCAUUUGCUUCCCGAAAGAUGAUUUCUAUAAAAAUAUACUUCAAAGUAUUUACUGUACAUAGACUUAAAUGAUUCUAUUUCCAGCAUCAAACUAAAAAUUUCUAACCUUUUAAAUGAAUGGGAAAUUCAGUUUCAUGCAGUUUUUUACAGACAACUAAUAGACGCCGUGUGUGUAUACGUUCAUAUACACAGUGGACCAGAGAAAGUCAGUCUGGAAAAACUUCACUGAGAUCCAGAACUUAGCAAUAUAGUACUUUUAGGGGUAUAUAUUACUGUAAAUAAUGUAUGCGCAGUCUAGGCUAAUAGUUUUAAUUAAAAACAAAUAAGAAGUAUACUUUUUUUUUUGCUUUAAAAAUAUGCCCUCAAAAUGGUGGGGGAUGAAAUGUAAGAUAUUCUUCAGCUUUAAUUAUUUGCCCAUCUUAUUCAAGUCAGAGCACUUUUUAAAAUAGCAAUACAACCAGCAAGAGAAUACUCAAAAAUAUUUAAAAUUGUAUUUAUACUAAGAGUACGUUUUAAAUAUUUUCUAAUACUUGAGCAGUUUUUGUCUGGCAGGCUUCCAAAUAUGCCAAAAGUUAGGCAUUCAAUAUUUUCAACACAUAAGCUUUUUACUGGUUUAUACUGUACUAUCUGAUGAGAAUCCUUAAGUGUUCCCAAAGCAACUGAUGUUUACAGGUCUUGCGUGUGUUCUCCUUCUUUGUAAGAAUGGGGGAAUCCACAACAGACUUACUCUAGAAAACACUAAUGAUGGACAACUUUUUGGUGUUGUAAAUGAGUUGGCUACUACCUUGAUGUAAAAAUUUGUAAAGGAAACUUUUCACCAUUUGGAGUGUCCGGUGUAUUUUUAACCGUCUGGUUUGUACUUUUAUGACUUUUGUACUACCAAAGCAGAGUUAAAAAUAAAAAUGUUAAACGCA